AUGCGUGCCCCAUCCAAUGCCGGCCACCAGCACCGCAUCCACAGCGUAGUCAUGAAAUGCCUCCGCCAGCUGCCCCCCAGCCCCAUUUCCACCAUGAUCCAGUCCCUGCUCCGCCUUGGCCCGGGCGGCUGCACCCUGCUCGGCGCGGGCCCCUCCGGCGCGGCGUUCCUGGCUCCCCUGGAUGCGGCCAUCCUCUCGCGCUGCUCCCGCGGCAUCGGCACCGCGGAGCCCCACCAGUGGGGCGGGGGAGGACAGGCCCGCUGCCACACGAUCGGCCCGCAGGCGCGCGGCUGCCGCUGGGCGCAGGGCCCCCUGCUGCCGCCCCAAUGGGAGCAGCGUGACCAGCUGACGCACAUGUCGAGGUCUGGGAGGCCGGCGCAAGGCGGCGGAGGAUCGGGAUCUGGCAAAAAGACAGCUCGGGCAUCGUCCAUGGGUUCUACAGAAGGCAGUGCUGAGUCGAUCACUUGCAAAAACAAUAAGCACCUCACACUGCCCACGAUCCUCACCCUCUGCCGUCUGGUGGCAAUUCCUCUUCUUGUUGCAACCUUCUUCUGGGACUCGGCACUGUCGUCUGCUGGCUGCAGUAUCUUGUUUGUCGUCGCUGCUGUUACCGACUGGCUUGAUGGCUACCUGGCAAGAAAGCUGAAUGCAGUGACCCCUUUUGGAAAAUUCCUUGACCCGGUGGCAGACAAGCUCAUGGUUGCAGCAGCACUGGUGCUCUUGAGCAGUCGGCCCAUUACCACAGGCUUCUUCGAUGGGAAUGGCUGGCUCAUACCUACCCUUGCUCUAGUAAUCGUCAGUAGAGAAAUUACAAUGUCUUCACUGCGGGAAUGGGCUGCAACGGUGAGCUCUGAGGCGUACAAGGCAGUGGCUGUUGGUGGAUGGGGAAAAUGGAAGACGGCAUCGCAGAUGGCCGCUCUUGUCUUAUUGUUGUACACGUCAGGGAGCACGGCACCCCAAUUGGGCGUACUGUCCGACCUGGGUGUGUUGUUUCUGGGAAUUGCCAGCACAUUAACAGUGUGGUCACUGGCUCUGUAUUUCAAGAACUUCAGAAAGUACUUGUAG